AUGAUUGUCUCGAGGGGUUUGUUCCUCCUCUGUUUGGCAGUGUUGGCGACGGCCAUUUCGCUGUCAGAAGUACCCUCAUGUGCAAUACCAUGCAUCCUCGAAACGAUGGACUCGUCUGGCGAAACGAAUGCGAACAUAAGAUCGAUGUGCGAGGACCCGGACUUUCAGACCGAUGUUUUGAAUUGUGUUACUGGAGUAUGCACUGCGCAAGAGAUACAAGGGUUUAUAGUUAUGGGAAAAGAGUUAUGCCAGAUGCCGCUCCAGGAUAACCGACAAGAGUAUCGAGCCACAAUCAUUGUAUUCGCGACGUUGUCAUUUUUCUUCUUCGUGUUGAGGGUCACGUCCAAGAUCCUGACCAAGAAUGCAUGGGGCACCGAUGAUACAUGGGCAGCUAUCACUUUUUGCAUUUUGAUACCAUUCACGGUCUUUACGCUACUUGCAAUACAUCACGGCCUCGGACUCGCUACGCCAUUAUUUACCAGGAAUGACCUGUCUCAAGCCCUCAAGGAGAUCUUUAUCCUUCACCUUCUCUACGUCUGUGGUCUCGCAGCAGCCAAGACGUCGAUUCUUUUCUUUUAUCUACGUAUUUUCUCGGACAAUUCGUUCAGAAUGUUAGUCUGGGCAACCCACGCCUUCAACGCCUUAUCGACUGUCAUCAUUAUUACUCUGAACCUCACGCUCGGACGGUCUGUCACAUAUCUCCUCGAAAACAGCUCAGAUGACGUGGUGAGCAUGAGAAAAUAUUCGAAUGCCAUUAAGAUUGUUCUGGCGCACUGCGUAGUGAAUCUGGCACUUGAUGUUUGGAUGCUCAUCCUUCCAAUGACGCAACUUUACAACAUCGGAUUGAAGCUGGACAAGAAGAUCAGCGUGAUGGCCAUGUUUGGUCUGGGUCUGUUUCUCACGGUAGUCAGUCUGAUUCGGACAAUUUACCAGUCGCAGCUCCUUGCCAAGCCCGAAGAAGCGCAGACAGGUCAAGUGCAGGUAGUUCUCUGGGCAUGUAUCGAGACGUACAUGGGCGCCAUAGUCGCCAGUGUACCAUCAACACGCCAGCUUGUGCGGAAGGUGAUUUACCGGAUGAGGAAGCAGAAUGAAGGGCAGUCAACAAACAAACCUAUUUUUAUUGACAGGUCGUUGGCACCGAUACCGGAUGACGAGGAUAUGCCGACGCUGAGUGACGUUGGGGGACUGACGACUGUUACAGUCAGUAGUGGACGGACGGCAGUGUCGGGGACGGAGCACGAGAUGGAGACUGUUAGUAAGCUAGGGCAGGAAAGAAAUCUCGGGACCUCGAUGCUAAAUGCCAAAAAGGCUUAG